GUUUUUGUGUGGAUGUCGGCAGAAGCAUUUAAACCGUGUUUAAAAAGGAAUAUCUUAAUUGAUAUUAACAGUCAGACCGGCUCUCCCCAGCUGUGCUUUAGCUGGGUGCUAAGCUAACAAGCUAACAGUAGAGUGAACGUGAGCUCGUGAGACGUCCAACGUCAGCGGAACGAUACGUCACGCGCACAGCCGCCGCCGCAGCUGCCUGCUCGCUGUCAGGAGACACUCGGUGGAUGAGGGAGACCCCCGGGUUCGCCCUCCGCCGCGGCUCCCAGAAUGAGGAGGCUGACCAGGAAGAAGGCUCUGACUCUGGUCAAAGAGUUGGACGCUUUCCCGAAAGUUCCCGAGAGCUACGUGGAGGCUUCAGCCACCGGAGGGACAGUCUCUCUCAUUGCCUUCACUCUCAUGGCUGCGCUCGCCUUCCUGGAGUUCUUUGUGUACAGAAAUACGUGGAUGAGGUAUGAAUACGAGGUGGAUAAAGACUUCAGCAGUAAACUGAAGAUAAAUGUGGAUAUUACAGUAGCCAUGAGGUGUCAAUAUAUAGGAGCAGAUGUCUUGGAUCUUGCAGAGACGAUGGUUGCUUCUGAUGGCUUAAAAUAUGAAGCAGUCAACUUUGAGCUCUCUCCGCAGCAAAGGCUAUGGCACAUGACGCUGCAGCACAUCCAGGACCGCCUGAGAGUGGAGCACUCCCUGCAGGACGUGCUUUUCAAAGCUGCACUCAAAGGAUCUCCCCCUGCUCAGAGUCCAAGUGAGGACAGCUCCUCUUCGCUCACUGCCUGUAGGAUCCACGGGCAUCUGUAUGUCAACAAGGUGGCAGGAAACUUCCACAUCACCGUUGGCAAGUCCAUCCCACACCCCCGAGGCCACGCCCACCUGGCCGCACUCGUUAGCCAUGACUCGUAUAACUUCUCCCAUCGGAUCGACCACCUCUCUUUCGGAGAAGCCAUCCCUGGGAUCAUCAGCACGCUGGACGGCACAGAGAAAAUCUCCACCGAGUCGAACCACAUGUUUCAGUACUUCAUCACCAUCGUGCCCACCAAGCUCAACACCUACAAAGUGUCGGCAGACACACACCAGUACUCAGUCACUGAACGGGAGCGAGUGAUCAACCACGCGGCGGGCAGCCACGGCGUCUCAGGGAUCUUCAUGAAGUACGAUAUCAGCUCACUGAUGGUGAAAGUCACCGAGCAGCACAUGCCGCUCUGGCAGUUCCUGGUUCGACUCUGUGGAAUCAUCGGAGGCAUUUUCUCCACCACAGGGAUGCUCCACGGGAUGGUCGGCUUCCUGGUUGAUGUCGUCUGCUGCCGUUUUCAGAUCGGAAUCUACAGCCAUCCCGAAAAGGCUCCUCUGGCGGCGCCAGACCAGCAGGAACCGCUGCUUCCAGCAGAUCAGCCCCAAUAAGAAGACACCAGCAGCUGCUCACAGUCGAAGGCCUCAGACAGAAACAACAGUGAGAAGCUGGGAAAUUGUUUACAAGCUUUUUUUUUUAAAAAAAGAAAAUGUGUCCCGACUCAUUUAAAAUGUAUUUUAUUGUUUUUUUUUGGUUUUUUUUUACAUUUUUACUGGGUGGGUGUGAGAUUCUUGUGUAACUGGAACGGAUUGUAAUCAAUACCUUCACUAAUUACAUGUCACAGUCGGUGGAAGGAUGAAAUAUUUACUCCAUUACUGUUCAUCAGACUAUUGAAUAUGAAGGCCUGUCACUCUUCCACUAAAGUCUCUUUCAUUUUGACAAAUUAAAUCUGGGCGUCAGUGUAGAGCGUGUUUAAUUUACUGAUCGACAACAUAACUGCAGAGUUGUUUUUUUUUUUCUCCUUCCCUGGAUUCUGCGGUGAAUUUUGAUGAGCUCCUGAAAACUCCUCUCACCCACGACAACGUCCGAUAAUCUUCGAGGCCUUUUAAAGAUGAAUCAUGCGCAGUGACUGGAAAGGCUGGUCGCCGUGUGUUCUGCGUUCCAGUGUGUGAGGCAGACGUGCGUUAAUUAAAAUCUACUUUCAACCUGACAAUGAUUCAUUGUCAAUAUCAGGCUUUGUUUUAAACACGCUGGUUCUUUCUGACGUUCAAGCUGCAGCGAUUGAUAAUCCUGC